CCGUUUGGUAACCACCAAUAGAUUUACUUCCGCAGCUUGGCCUCGCUUAAUUUAGCCUAGCUUAAUUUAGCCUUCAACAAAUUGGGACGCGUUUGUGAGCGACUCGCCGUGACGCAAGGAUCAAGUGUGAGAGUAUGAAGUGUUGUGAGCGUCGUGUGAAAAUGCGUGCAAGAAGGACACCAGACUACGAGGUUGAACUUUGUGGAACAAAAGAGCAGAACGAGCGACAACGUCAACUACUGGAAACCGUUUUCAAGCCGCAGCUUCGAGUAGUGUUACACCGAUCAGAAGUCAGUGAGUAUCUUUCUGCUGAGCGACUGAAGCCAGAGUCCCCUCACAUUAAAGAAGUGGCGCUCAAAGAGCCCCCCCACAUUAAGGAAGAAGAUGAGUUGGAGCCCGUCGACAUUAAGGAGGAAGAGGAGCCAGAAUCCCCCCACAUCAAGAGAGAGGAGGAGGAGGAAGAGCAUCACCACUUCGAAGAGGAAGAAGCGCCCACGCUCUCAUCAAACAGGAAGAGGAGCAAGAGCCCGGCACAAGCCAAGAGAGCCGAGGACGAAGAGCACCCCGAUAUCAAACGGGAGGUGCCAGAGCUCCUCCAUAUCAAACAGGAAGAGGAGGAGGCUAUCACCAAGUUACCAUCGAUUACUGUCCCUUUGAAAUGUGAAGAUGAAGGUCAAAGUGAGGAGGACAGAGAGGCAGAGCCUCCAAGCAGCAGCUCAAGUCACCACAUGACAGCAGAAGGUGAUGGAGACCACCGUGGAGGAUCACAAGCAGAUAGCUGCUUAGCUCAUCUAUCAGAUAAUGCCGAAACAACGUCAAACUCUCAUGAUAAUGAUGACGACGACGAACAUUCUGAAAAUCAUAAGACAGGUCACACUGACAACAAACGCUGGAAAUGUUCUCAGUGUGAGAGUAUGUUUACUUAUAAGUGCAAUUUGAAACAACACAUGAGAAUACACACUGGUGAAAAACCUUUUGCCUGCUCAGAUUGUGCUAAAACAUUCUCUAGAAACCAACAUUUAAGAAAGCACACAAGGUCACGCACUGGAGAGAAACCUUUACCCUGCUCAGAUUGUGGUAAAAGGUUCUCUCAUAGAGAUCGUUUGAAUACGCACACUAAAAUGCACACUGAUGAAAAACCAUUUGCCUGCACAGUUUGUAGUCAGAGAUUCACUCGAAGAGACCAUUUAACAACACAUGCAAGAACGCACACUGGUGAGAAACCUUUUGCCUGCUCGGUUUGUGAUCAAAGAUUCAAUAAUAAGAUAAACUUAAUUCGUCACACAAGAACACACACUGGUGAGAAACCUUUUGCCUGCUCAGUUUGUGGGCAAAGAUUCGCUCAGAAGGGAAGCUUAACAAGUCACACUAAAACCCACACUGGAGAGAAAUCUUUUUCCUGCUCAGUUUGUGGUCAAAGAUUUUCUCAUAAGAGAAAUUUAAUACGUCAUACUAGAACACACACGGGUGAGAAACCUUUUGCCUGCUCAGUUUGUGGGCAAAGAUUCUCUGAAAAAGCUAAAUUAAUUAUACACACUAGAACGCACACGAGAGAGAAACCCUUUGCCUGCUCACUUUGUGAUCAAAGAUUCUCUCAUAAACAGAGUUUGACAAUGCACACAAGUACACACACCAGAGAGAAAAAAUUUUCCUGUGCAGUUUGUGGCCAAAGAUUCUCUUAUAAAGAUCAGUUUAAGAGACACAAGUGUGCUGGUGAAAAUAGCAGUGAUCAAUAAAGCUUUAAAUAAAGUUGUAGAAGAAGUUUCACAGCAUUUAAUCCAUCAAAGAUGAACUGUUCUGGUUGUUUUGGAAAACAUUUCACCUCUUAUCCAAGCCAGCUUUGUCAGUUCAUGUACCAAGGUUACUGUAGAUGGAGCUGUCCAAUCUAGCCUCGGUGCAUGUACAACGUCUGCUAAGACAACCUAAGGCUGUCAUAUACAUAUAUACGUAUACAUAUAUAUACAUGUAUAUAUAUGUAUAUAUAUAUAUAUAUAUAUAUAUACAUGUAUGUAUAUAUAUAUAUAUAUAUACAUAUGUAGUGUACUGACUAAAAUGUGUUGAACUGUAUUUGUUUGAAUUGCUGUUCUGAAAACUAGUUAAAAGUUUGUUUGGUUCUUUGUGUGGAUGGAUACUGGGGUGUCCUGCGUUCCGAGGGGUCUGUGAACAUUUCAGGGUUUUUUUUGUUUUAAUGAUUGAUUGAAGGGGUGGUGGUCCAAUGGGAUUGGGGGAAGGAGGUGGGUCGUGGGGAAAAAGAGCGGGAGAUGCGGCGCCGGGGAGAGAGUUUUUUUUCGCGGGGGUCUGCACCUGGUUUUUGGACGCGAACGGAUGUUUUGGACUGUUUUCAAGGCGAACGGACUUUUGACUGUUGGCAACGCGAACGGAUUUACUAUUUCAAAGUCACGGGUCCUGUCUGCUGAACGCCACCGGGCUGCCGCUUCGACGCUACGGGAUCCAGUCGCUGUGCCUACUGAAGCGUUUUGAGGGCUCGUUCCUACGACAAUCGGUUUGGGUUUCUUUUCCCCAGUGAACUGAGGGUUCAACGGUUUUGUGAGUACUGCCUUGAG